UGUUGAUGACGUCAUUACUAACGCUGGAGCUUCUUUUUGACAAGUAAACAACAAAUGGUUGUAAAAUAAGCUGAUUUUCCUGCGCCAUGACCGUUUCCCCCUCAAAGGCCGAUUUUUAUUUGUUAUCAGCAUGAAGUAACGCUGCCUUUGGCGUUAUUACAGUUAAACUGACUUUUCCCUGACUACAGGCUGAUUUAGUCAACAUGUCAUUUGUGGUGGAUUCAGUCAUCAUGUUCACCUCACAGGUGCUGUUCUUUGGGUUUGGCUGGUUAUUUUUCAUGCGACAGCUGUUCAAAGACUAUGAGGUGCGUCAGUAUGUUGUCCAGGUUGUUUUUUCCAUCACUUUUGCUUUCUCAUGUACCAUGUUUGAGCUCAUCAUCUUUGAGAUUCUUGGUGCCUUAAGUAGUAGUUCCAGGUAUUUCCACUGGAAGCUGAACUUGUAUGUGAUACUGCUGGUUCUGAUCUUUGUGGUGCCUUUCUACAUCGGAUACUUUGUUGUCAGCAACAUUCGCCUCUUGCAGAAACAGCGGCUCCUUUUUGCCUGCAUGGUUUGGUUUACUUUCAUGUAUUUCUUCUGGAAGUUGGGGGACCCAUUCCCCAUUCUCAGUCCAAAACAUGGCAUCCUGUCCAUUGAGCAGCUAAUCAGUCGUGUUGGUGUAAUCGGAGUCACACUCAUGGCUCUGCUGUCUGGAUUUGGUGCUGUCAACUGUCCUUACACAUACAUGUCUUAUUUCCUCAGAAACGUUACCGACAGUGACAUCCUCGCUCUAGAAAGGCGGCUGCUUCAAACGAUGGACAUGAUUGUCAGUAAGAAGAAAAGAAUUGCUAUGACUCGGAGGCAGAUGUACCAACGUGGGGAAGACCAGAACAAACAGACUGGAUUCUGGGGCAUGAUCAAGAGUGUUACGUCCUCCUCCUCAUCAGGCAGUGAAAACCUGUCUCUGAUCCAGCAGGAGGUCGAUGCGUUAGAGGAGCUGAGUCGACAGCUGUUUCUGGAGACUGUGGAUCUGCAGGCAACCAAGGAGCGAAUCGAGUACUCAAAGACAUUCCAGGGAAAAUAUUUCAACUUCCUUGGCUACUUCUUUUCUAUCUACUGUGUUUGGAAAAUCUUCAUGGCGACUAUAAACAUUGUAUUUGACCGAGUUGGAAAAACUGAUCCAGUGACGAGGGGGAUCGAAAUAACAGUCAAUUAUUUGGGCAUCCAGUUUGAUGUAAAAUUUUGGUCCCAGCACAUUUCUUUUAUCUUGGUGGGAAUAAUAAUUGUAACUUCCAUAAGAGGCCUCCUCAUCACCCUUACUAAGUUCUUCUGUGCAAUUUCCAGCAGCAAGUCAUCCAAUGUCAUUGUGCUUGUUCUCGCUCAGAUCAUGGGGAUGUACUUUGUAUCAUCUGUGCUGCUGAUGCGUAUGAGCAUGCCAUUGGAGUACCGCUCCAUUGUGACGGAGGUACUGGGAGAGUUGCAGUUCAACUUUUACCACCGCUGGUUUGAUGUCAUCUUCCUGGUCAGCGCCUUGUCCAGCAUCCUGUUCCUCUAUCUUGCCCACAAGCAGGCACCAGAGAAGCACAUGGCGCUCUGAGCUCUGACACCACUUCCCAGACAGACGGGGCUCUUAACAGCUGGGGAAGUCCAGACGUGACACGUCAACGCUUGUUGGUAUUGUUUUUAAUGUAUAAUGUGGGCAGCCUGUAUCGGGUCCACAGUUCCUGAAUCAGGAAUGUGUAGUGGUUGGAGGCACAUACUGGGGAAUGUUUGAAGCACAUAGGGGAAGAGUGUUGCGGGUGAAUUCUGUUUUGUGUAAGAGUUUGAUCAGAACAAAUGCUCCACGGUGGCAGAUUACAGUUUUACCUUGUUCGUUCUAUGCACUUAAUUUUCACCUGGCAACUGCUUUGUUUUUUUUUCUUUUUUAUUGUUGUUUGAGGACACUGGAAUUAUAUGGACUGUAUGAAGGCACAAUGAAGAUCAGCUGUUCAGAAUUGUUUUUACAAUAAAAGGAAAGUCUUUGAAAGCA